UCAAAAAUGUAACAUUACAGCGAGAUUCAUGAGCCUCGGACGACUAUGUGAGCAUGGUAGUAAGGCUCAACCAAAUGUUGGUUGUGUAUUCUAGUGGUUAGUUCCACAAAAAACUGUGUAUUAUUGUGAUUUUGCCUUGAUAAUACAAGGCCAGCUACGUGGACAGGCUCAUUAGCAUAUUUGAGGUCAGGAACGAUGAGUAAAGUAUCGUUUCGAGCUCGGGCGCUGGACGCCACGAAGGCAAUGGCUAUAUUCAAGGCGGAUGAAAUACCUGACCUUCCAGACUUUGCAACGAUCAACCGAUCGGUGCCUCAGAUGCCAACCGGAAUGGAGAAAGAGGAAGAAACGGAACACCAUCUUCAAAGGGCCCUGUCAGCACAGCAGGUCUAUGGUACAUCUGAAGCAUUGGUCAUCCCCAUACCUGAGAGUGACGAUAUCGCUGAUCGCUAUGGCAACCUGUAUAGGGACGAAUUCAAGCAGACAAAACAGUUCAUCCACAUUCAAGCAUUUGGCAUGGAACAAGAAAUCCCAGAUUAUGAUAUGGAUAGUGAAGAUGAACUGUGGGUGAAUGAACAAGCCAAAAAGAUGGAGAUAACACCACUCAAGUUUGAGGAAAUGAUGGACCGUUUGGAAAAAGGAAGUGGACAACAGGUUGUGACGUUACAAGAGGCCAAAUUACUGUUAAAGGAAGAUGAUGAUCUGAUUAUUGCUGCCUAUGACUAUUGGCUGAACAAACGAUUACGCCUGGAACAUCCUUUAAUUUUACAAGUGAAAACAGAAAAAAGAGAUGGCUCAACUACAAAUAAUCCAUAUGUUGCUUUCCGGCGACGAACAGAGAAAAUGCAAACACGAAAGAAUAGGAAGAAUGAUGAAUACUCAUAUGAAAAAAUGUUGAAGUUGCGUCGAGAUCUGAAUAGAGCAGUAACGAUAUUAGAAUUAAUAAAACGACGAGAAAAGACGAAAAAAGAGAUGUUGCAACUUACUAUAGAAGUAUUAGAAAAAAGGUAUCAAAUAGAAGACUUCAGUGGCACUAUGCUACAGGAGGCUGAAGCAUUACGACAUAAGAUGCCAUCAACCUUCAUCCCACAAUAUGCAUAUGGCUCUUCAGGCUGGGGUCAAACAGAGGAGGUAGUUGUGAGAAAAAAGCGUGAAUACAGAAAGAGGAAACAUAAACCAGUGCUGCAGCAUCGUGAAAAUACAACCGUCCAACCCACCCGUCACUUCACUGACAUUGAUGUCCUCCACACUGAUGUCUACAGCUCUGAAGACGAGGGUUUAUCUCCGGGCAUGUCCCCAUCUGACCAUGAAGAUGAGAAUGAUCCAGAUGGUCCCUUUGCGUUCAAGAGAAGAAAGAAUUGCAAUUACUUUGCUCCUAUUUUAAAUCGCCUGGGAAACUGGUCUUGGCAUAGCCCUGAGGAUGGUGGCCUAGGAGAGAGGAAGUACAGAUAUAACCUAAUGUCCUUUUCCAGACCGCCGCGAACUCAGGGCUUCUGUCGGCGGAGGAUGGGCAGGGGAGGCAGAAUAUUGGUAGACCGAGCUUUCACACCUUGGGACGACGAGCUAAGUCGGACAGACUUGUCGUCAGGUUCCGGGCCAUUUUCAGGGAUAGUAGGGGAUUACGUCACAUAUAUCAGGGAAAGAAAAAUACCACAUUUUCGUCCACAUUCACCGACUCUGGAUGACAUGACUUCACAUGGGUCCAAUGUUACUAGUGCUGAAGAGGAGACUGAGUUUAAUUUAGAGAGCUUCCAGUCUCAUCGUGAACAGUUACUGCAAAUGCAGCGGGCCCAGGAAGAACAAUUACGCAAGCAGGACACACUUGUUCUGGACAGUUCGUGUAGUAGUGAACUUGAUCAUUCCUUUUCUUCUCAACCCACCUCAAGAUUCACACUUGAUUCUGAAAGUGCAAAAUUUGCAGUAUCUGCAGUACUGAAUACAUCUCAACUUCAAAGUGCAACAAAAACUGGUGCUAGUACACAGUCUUCAUCAUUGACACCUUCAUCGUCUGUAUCAUCAACAAUAUCAAUAAAAGCCAUCAAACCAACAUCCUGUGUGGCUGUAGUGACCACACCUUUGCCAACAGUGGCAAUUUCAGCAGUGUCACCUGCAGUCACGUUGUCAUCGCCUCUGGCAUCCGUUAUCCCAACAAAGACUCUAUCCAAUGGACCUAUAUCAGCACAAAAUAAAAUCACAGGGCUUUCAACAUCACCAGCCGCCACAGUGCUACAGCUAAACUUUCCACUCAACAAAAACAAUAACUCAUCGCUUCCACCACUGACUACCACCAAAAGUUUGUCUUCUAGUCUAACUUCCUCCUCAUCGUCAUCAUCAUCUGCGUUCACGCCAAUCAAUUCAAUAUCCAACAAAACUGUCUCGGCUGUCAGCUCAAAUCUCCUGAAAAAUUUCUCUAAAGCUGCACCAUUGGAUAGUAUGAAGCAGAACCAUGACGAUGUGAGUCAUCUGAACAACAUGAAUAAUAUGAACAGUAUAAAGCAUGAUAUGGCAAUGGAUGUAACCUGAUGGUACAGGAUAAUCUCGGUCGACUGUGAUCUCUUACAGCCCACAAGUAAUGGCACACCAAAGCCAGCAACCAGUGUCACCACACUUUGACGUGCCGGUGUUGUCCUGGCCUUAGCAACAGAUUGUAUUGAGUGAUGGAGGAGGAAGCUUGGAGUUGUUAUGAUAUAGGGGAUAUAAUACUAGGUUUUUAGUGGAGUUACAUCAGGAGCUAGUAAAGAAAAUCACAUUUUGGAUAAUAUAUGUUGAUCUUAGGCUGUAUCUCAAGUUAAUUUCUUCUUGCUGAUUUUAGGCUGAAUAUGUGGCAAAAUGGGGAACUUCUGAAAUUCCAUUGUGCAUGAGAAUAAACGAUGUCUAGUAUGAAAAUAGGAUUCUGCAACUUUUAAAAUUUGUUAGUGAUGGAGACUGAAUACCUUAAGUUGUCAAAUUUGUAAGAAUUUAUGCACUGAAAAAGUGCAAGUCGCAAAAAGAACAUUUUUAAAAUGUUUAAAUAAAUGUUGUUAAUUUUGCACAUGUAGAGCAAUAAUUUUUCAAAAUUCCUUGAAUCAGAAGUGAUAUUAUAAAUAAUGUCUCUUUGUUAACCCACCUGUUGUUUCUGUAAACCAAGCAUUUAUUUAAUCAAAUGUAUAAUAGAAACAACUGCACUGUGAAAAGCAAGUGUUAGAUACAAGCAUGAACAAAAGCAAAUAUUCCAUCAUUUCUUUUCAAGUAAUCUCAUUUGAUGAUGAAGUUUUCAUUGUGUAAAAUAGGAUCCAAAAAAUAAUUUCAAACUAUUUCAAGAGUAGGUUUACUUCCACAGUUCUACAGUGUAGAUAAAUAUAUCAGAAAGUGAUGUACUUUGAUUCUGUUAUUUUGUGAAUGUGAAACUAUUUAUACAUGUAUUAUAUAUUGUAUAUCUGAAGUCAUCUUUUAAUAGAUAUGUGAAAAGUUUUGCCAACUUGGUUUGACCCUGUACCAAGGCUCCUUUGUGCUAAAGGGUCAGUUUUAUUACAGAUUUUUGUGAGUCUUCUUUCCAGAACCUAUUCCAAUACACUGCGCAAAGAUGGUGUGAAGUGUGAUGUAAUUAUUAAGUCCCUUUGACUUCCACUUUGAGGUCAUAUUUGACACCUACUUUUCUAUAUCUUGCUAAUACUUCACAGGGAUAGCCUGGUUAUAAGCGAUUUUUCAGUAAUUCUAAAUACUUCACAAUUAUUGAUGCUUUUCCGACAAGAAAAUAAAGAAAUAAAAUGUUGCAUCAUUGAAUAAUUAGAAUCCAUGUGAAUAAUUACAUAGUAAAUGUGUGAAUCAUCAGUUAUUUAUAUAAGAUGUUUGAAUUGAUUCAGAUUCCACAGUGUUUUCAUAUUAUGAUACAACUGAGUGUUUAAAGAUGUAUACUAAAAAGUUGUUCAAAUCAGGGCUGUCUUUGAAAACAUUUCUCCAUUACUGAAUUGUCAAAUAGAAGCAAAAAAAAAUUAGCUUGUUAAUAUGAAGAGAACUUCAGAAUCAAGGAUAUAUUUAUGAUUUAAGAAGAACUUCUUAAAGAUCGUGUUACAUGUGAAAACUACUACAGAACUAAGUGUACCAAAGCAGCUUGACAGACCUACUAGAAGUAGAUCUGUAAUCCUUACUCAAAAGUUUGCAUGGUAGAUUGAUCAAAACACCAGAUUUUGCAUAGUUUGUGGUGACUGAUUUUUUGUUCAGUAGUACAUUGAUUUGUAUACAUACUGGUGCACUGAGAAAUUGUACUCUGCCUAACUCAGCAAGCUGUUCUACCUCAUUUUGAUACAAGUGGAAGAUGUUGAUUGUAGAUGUACACGAGUGUAGCCUGUGUAUGAGACUAUAACAGGUAAAGCAUAUAGGACCAACACAAGAAUAAGUGAGUCCUUCAGUUGAUGAAAUUUGUAUGUUGUUUUGCAAGUCAGAAAAACUUUGUAUGUACAAUUGCAGGUGUUAAGUCACACCUUUACAGAUACAGCAUACACAAAUAACACAUGGACACAAACAAUACAUGGAUAAUUGUGUUCUUCACAUGAUGAAAUUUGUCUGCGUGUUUUGUAAAUCAGAAAACAUUGCAGGUACCAUUUCUGGUAUAAAGUCACAUUAUUAGUCACUUUUGGAUAUGGUUUUAUUACAAACAGUUACCAUUGAUGAUCCGUAGAGCUUCUCUGGCCAGGAGGAUGAAUGAGCGAUGUCAUGGUGCAGUGUUUGUUGUCUGGCAUCAAACUGCACUAUAAAUGCAACUAGUCUAGAAUCACAGAAGGAAUUGUGUUUAAAUUUGAUGGGAGUACUUGAAAGAUGAAUAGACUUUCAAAGAAGUAGAGUGUUGGAGCCAAAUAAGGCAAAAAUAAGUAAUAUUUUGAGUGGUUAAAUCCUUAGAGGGUGGUAAAGUGGUUUGAUGGCAGAGAGGCUACACUUGUCUUUCAUCGAAAUGGACAGAAUUUGAUUCUAUGGGGUCACCUGCUAAACCAUUUGGGGUUUUCUCCUUGUACCCAUAGUUUCCUCUCUGAAAAAGCUGAAGGUACUUAGAUCCUGGCAAACAUGAAGGAUUAAUAUCAGUUUUUGUCUUGUUUCACAAUUGAUGUAAACUGUAAAAGGUUUAUAUUUACAUAUGAUAUAUAGGUUGUUCUACAUGUGAAUUUACAUCCUGGGUAUUGGUUAUGAACUUUGACUUAAUUUAGUCUUGAACAUCACUUAUCAAGGAAAUACAGCUUUUAACUUAAGUACUCCAGUAAUAAACCUUAUAUAUUCUGUCGGGGGAUAGAGAUGUGGAAGUUGAGGGUGUGAGGCAAAGUACUAGGGCUCAAAUAGAAAAUAGAGAGCAAAAAUUUGUAGCAGUAAAUUAAAGGUCUGUCAGGUGUAUUAAAUGAUCGUAUGGGACUUGUCACUAAAUGGAGUAUUAUGACCCACAGGGGAUAGAGGUGUGUGACAUAAUAGGGUUUUUUUUUAUAGAGGUUUGUGAAACAAGGUGAAUUUCAGUGGGCAAGGAACUGGGUCUAUUAGAAUUGUUUAAAAAAGUUUUUCACUGUUCUCCAGUUACAUUUGUUGUACUGUUAAGACUUUAUAUACAUGUAUCAUAACUGAAUCAAUUUAAAGAUGACCAGAUUAUCUAUUAAGGCCUUGUUAUUGUAUACAUAUAUAUCUUUUUUCACCGUUCUGAUUUUAAAGGCUAGCAUCAAGUGUAUUUGUAGGAGUCACAAAAGAUGGUACAUUUUUUAUUUAUAAAUCUUCACAGAUGCACCUCUGCAAUGUAAUAUGACAGGUAGAGUGACUGUACCAUAGAACCUGUUCAACAUUAGUGCAUCUGGCUGUUAUUGUAAUGCUGAUUAUGUUUCCAUACAGAAGAAGUUUUCUUCAUUACAAUGUAAGGAUUUUACAAACCAUGUCUCUAACCAAUAUAUAAGUUGUGUUAUUGAAUAAUUGAUGAAAACCUAUCUAUUACAGGACAAGAGAGAGAUGAACAUUUAUGUAAUGAUCAUGCACUUUAUAGAUUACAUUUAAGGGUAAUGAGAGAUAUACAGUAUACAAAAGAAUGGGAUGUGUACCAACGAUAUCAUCUAUUGUUAAAUUACAUCUGUUAUACUCUGUACUUUUAUUAAUUAUGAUCAGUGUAUUGGACUUUUCUGAAGAGCUCUAAGGAUGUCUAGAGGAUCUCUUAUCCUCUGGGAUGAUACAGGGUUAUGUGGUCAGAAAUACUAGCAGGUGCAAUCAAGUUUAGAGGGGAAAUGUUUGAUGUGAUAGUUUACCAUAUAUACAAAUGUAGUGUGUGACCCAGUACUAAUGAAUAUUUACUGAAGAGGUAUUUCCAAGUAUUUGAGAAAAUAUUGGAUAGCAGUUCAAAUUUAUGAGCACGUGUAUUUUGAUUGUUGGAGGAGAAAAGAAUUAUGAUGGACAAAUAAUAAAUAUAUCUGCAGCAGGUCGAGUGAGAAUGAGAGAAAGAAAUAAUAGUGUGAACAAAUAAGUUUUGCAUGAUUUAUGUACAAUAUGGUGUUUCUUUAGUGCUUUUUGAGUUUAUUGAUAGACAAGGGCUCCCUUGGAGUAGAGUGUGUGGAGAAAACAUGUAUGAUAAUGUGUGUAUGACAGCAUGAUGUAAUGUAUGCAUGUGCAAUUGUUGACAUGGUAUGUCAAAGAUUAAUGAAAAACAAAAACAAAAAAAAUCUAAUGUGUUCAGCUGUGAUACUGUCAGCGUUGUGUACGACGCACAGAGAAAAACUUAAAUUACUGGAAAUAAAUAUUCCAAACUAA